AUGCCGACCGACAUAGAAAAGACCCACUCAAACGUUGCACCCGCCCAGACGAACAUCGCCGCGGCGGAUGAAGCGCUCCUUGCGAGCCUCGGGUACAAGCAGGAGUUCAAACGGGAGUUUACAGGGCUCGAGACUUUUGGCAUCGCGUUUAGCAUCAUCGGGCUGCUCCCGUCAAUAGCGUCUGUGCUCGUGGACUCUUUGCCAAAUGGAGGAGCAGCGGCGAUGGUCUGGGGCUGGCUCGUGGCGAGCUUCUUCAUCCUCCUCGUUGGGAUGGCCAUGGCGGAACUCGCCAGCGCAGCGCCAACGUCUGGUGGACUGUACUUUUGGACGCACUCCCUGUCCUCGCCGCGCUGGCGGAACCUGCUCGCGUGGAUUGUCGGGUACGCGAACACGAUCGGGUCCAUUGCGUCGAUCGCGUCGAUCGACUGGGGGUGUGCGGUGCAGGUGAUGGCCGCUGCGUCCAUCGGGUCGUCCGGCCAGAGCUUCUCCGCGACCUCGGGACAGGUGUAUGGGGUGUACGCGGCGAUCGUGAUUUCGCACGCGGUGAUCUGCUGUUUGGGCACGAAGAUCCUUGCGCGGCUGCAGACGCUCUAUGUCGUGUUGAACGUCCUGCUUUGUUUGGCGGUGAUCAUCGCGCUGCCGGCUGCUACGCCCAAGGAGUACCGGAAUACUGCGGCGUAUGCGUUCGGCAACUUCACUAAUCUGAACGGUUGGACAGACGGCUACGCGUUCAUUCUGUCUUUCCUUGCGCCGCUAUGGACAAUUUGCUCGUUCGACUCUAGUGUACAUAUUAGCGAAGAGGCAAGUAACGCAGCGAUAGCUGUACCUUGGGCGAUCGUGUACGCCAUCGGGAUUGCCGGCGUCCUCGGCUGGGCAAUUAACGUCGCGCUGGCGUUCUGCAUGGGCACGGACCUCGACGGGAUACUGUCGUCUCCGGUGGGCCAGCCCAUGGCGCAGAUAUUCUUCAACGCGUUCGGACAGAAGGGCACGCUAGCGCUGUGGUCGUUCGUCGUGCUCGUACAGUACAUGAUGGGGUCGUCCAUGGUCCUCGCGGCGUCCCGCCAGUCCUUCGCGUUCUCGCGCGAUGGAGCGCUCCCGUUCUCGUCCUGGCUGUACCGCAUGAACACCUUCACCGGCACGCCCGUCAACACCGUCUACUUCACGUGCGCCUUCGCGCUCCUGCUCGGGCUCCUCGUCUUCGCGGGCCCCGCGGCGAUCAACGCGAUCUUCUCCCUGUCCGUCGUCGCGCUCUACGUCGCGUACGCGAUCCCGAUCGCCGCGCGGUUCCUGGGCGAGAACGACUUCCAGCCGGGCCCGUUCAGCUUGGGACGGUGGGGCGCGCCGGUGGCGGCUAUCGCGGUCGCGUGGAUGGCGUUCAUGGGCAUCGUGUUUCUGUUCCCGACGACGCCGCAGACGGACGUGGCGGAUAUGAAUUACACUGUCGUCGUGCUCGGCGGGGUACUGAUAUUGUCGCUGGUGUGGUACUACUUCCCGGUGUAUGGCGGCGUGCAUUGGUUCACGGGCCCUGUGUCGACGAUCGAGCGGACCGCGGCGAACUCGCAGAGGCAGAGCGAGGAUACGGUGGAGAAGCAGAAGGGCGGCGUGUACGUCGCGGAGCAGAACGCAUGA